ACAUGGUGAUGGUGUAAUUGUCGUUGUGGUGAAAGUGGAGAGGAAAGGGCAAAGGCAUUUGAUUGAUAAGAUAGAUUGAUGAUUAGUGAAGAGUCGCGUGAAUGAGAGAGAGAGAGAGAGAGGGGAGGAGGAGGAGAGAGAGAACAGAUUUGUUUGAUGGAUAGAUAGAUGGGAUUAGCAGAAAGAGGUGAAAAGAAGAAGACAAAAAGAAACAUGGAUGGGCGAAUCAAUCAGUCAGUCACGGACCUCACGGCACCCAAACAACAACUGUGUCUUGCUUUUCCUUAGAAACAACAUUAACAUCCCCUGCCCGGUCCGUCCUCGGCCCUUUCCCAUUGUGCUUUAGCCAUUACCACGCCACUUACUACAAACAGCAACAACGGAAGAGGCCAUAAGAGAGAUGCCCAUUUCUCUUCCUCCUCCUCCUCCUCCUCCUUCAAUACCUCUACGUUCACGAGGAAAACAAAGGAGUACCCAAUACACAACAAAUAACUAAGAAGACCGGUGUCUAUUUUUUGCCCCACAGCCGCAGCAGCACCUUCUCUCGGAUCAGAGUCAGUCUAUGAUGAUGAUGACCACUACUCAACCACUGCAUUCCAAUUCAUAUUCCAAUCCUCUGUUGCAGUUCCUGGGAGUGGCAGCCUGGGCAUGCCUACUGUUCUGCACUCUUCAGGGUCAGGGUCAGGGUGUAACCGCGAAAUCACCCUCUCCAGCCGCCCCAGCAAACACAGCCAUCUCCAAGGUCGAGGAUGCACUCAACUUCCAUAUCUACUACGGGCAGUCCUUCAAAGUCAUCAAGAAUGCCUUGGACAGCAUGAGCUAUCUUCUCAUCCAGAGUAAUUCGAGGAUGGCUGCACGGACGAAAUACUGCACGUCCAGGAUCAAAUCCUUCAUCAUCCCCUUAUCCAACUACUCAGUGGCUACAGACUCCUUUCCAGUUUCCUUCUUCGAGCUUCUGGGCUUGCUAGGAAGCUUCAAGGGCAUCACAACCAAUGGCUCCAUAGUUUCUCAAUGUGUACUCAAGUUGUGUGAAGAAGGAGAAAUUGAGAUGAUCAACAGGACUGAGCCCCAGCAAUUUCAGCAGUUUGCGGCCAAUUUUAUUAGCUCCACUGAUGAAGCAUGGGCUUGUAAUUUUGCCGCUUUCCUUCCUUCGGGAGAAGGCGCCCCUCUGCAGCGAGCAGAAUGGAUCAAGUACUUGGGAGUCUUCACUAAUCUUGAAGCUAGAGCAAAUCAAGUGUACACUGCAAUCAAAGAAAAUUAUAUGUGCCUGACGAGGAUAGCAGUAAGCAAGGCUACACCAGUGAAACCAACCGUGGCUUGGAUGGAGUAUAAUAAUGGCAUAUGGUCCUUCACUAAAGAAGCAUUCAAACUUAAGUACGUUGAAGAUGCAGGUGGAGAGAAUAUAGAUAAUUCAAUCAACAAAAACACCUACAACACCUCAAAUUCAGAUGAUUUGGAUGAGUUGCAUGCCAUUUUAUGUACGGUGGAUGUGGUUAUAGACGAAACUCAGGCAUCAGAUCCCAUAAACUAUACAGCAUCAACAUUCAUAAAAAAUGUAGCUGUUGAGGACAACUCUUGUUUUGCCUUCCUCACAAAUAAGAGCCUGUGGAGAUAUGACAAAAGGCUGGCAAACACCACUGCUCUUGCUCUUGAUUGGUCGGAUGGAGCAAUCUCCCAACCGCAAUUGGUCCUUGCUGAUCUUAUUGAAGCUCUAUUUCCAACUGGAAAUUACACGACGACAUACUUGAGAAAUCUCUCCAAGGAAGAAGGAGUUGUGCGCAUUAACCCUGAGAUGUGUGACAGGGACAGUUCUACAGCGAUGCAGCCGACAAUCAUACCUUGUGAAUAAUUAAUUGAUGCUUUAUCAGAAAGGGGUUCUGAUUCUAGUUAUUUUAACUAGGUUGAUUUCCUGAAAUUGAUUCAUUUAGUCUGCUGACAUUUUGAACAUAAGUACGAUUAUUCCAGCUAUUGCUGGGAUUUUCUUAUGAAAUGAAUAAUUCUUCUCAACUUCUUGAAGCAUUU